CGGCGCCUGACGCCCCCAGAUGAGGUCGGCGCCCUGGUGUUCGACAUCGGCUCCUUCUCGGUCCGCGCCGGCUACGCGGGCGAGGACUGUCCCAAGGCCGACUUCCCCACCACGGUGGGGCUGCUGUCCCCGGACGAGGUGGCCAUGGAGCUGGACGGGGACAAGGACAAGAAGGGCGGCAAGGUCUACUACAUUGACACCAACGCGCUGCACGUGGCCCGCGACGCCAUGGAGGUCGUGUCGCCCCUCAAGAACGGCAUGAGUGAGCGCGGGGGGCGGCCGCGGGGCCACCCAUGGGCGUCACUGGGCACCGCGGGGCCACCCAUGGGCUGGAACACCCGGGCCAAGCGGGAGAAGCUGACGGAGCUCAUGUUCGAGCACUACAACAUCCCGGCCUUCUUCCUGUGCAAGACGGCUGUGCUCACCGCCUUCGCCAACGGGCGCAGCACGGGGCUGGUGCUGGACAGCGGCGCCACCCACACGACGGCCAUUCCCGUGCACGACGGCUACAUCCUGCAGCAGG